AUAAUCACUUCUUGUUUUUGUCCGGGCUUGUGCCUCCGCCUUACGUACGUCCGAUCGAUCCAUGCUGAUUAUAUAGGAGCGAACCAGGAGAGUCAAUCUCCAGAAGACGGGGUGUCAGUUCAGUUGGGAUUGUCAGUCGAGGUGGAACGUGUGCGCGAUUACACUUACUGGAAGCGAAUUCAAUCUUUUCACACAACAACCGAUCGGAAUAUAUAUAUAUAUAUAUAUACAUAUAUAUAUAUAGACAUUAGCCAUCCGCUAUCAGCUAUCAGAUAGCAUCGAUCAUAGAUCAUCGAUCAUAGAACGUCGUAAUUCAUCUAAAUCAAUUGAGGAACGAGCUAUAAAGUGAUUCUCCUCCAUAUAUAUAGAGGUCAAUCAGACUAAGCCCAAGAUGGCCCUGUCCAAAAUAGACUCGGAGAUCGAGCAGGUGGACCAAGAGAAGUACCUGCGCCAGGCCACCAGCUACUAUCAGGCGCUGGAGAAGCCCCUCAAGUACGGGCCUGCCGUGGACAGCCUUCCCGACUUGAUCGCCGCCCUUCAUCGCGAGUUCGAGUCCAACUACGUCAACAUCGAGAUGGUGAACCACCUGAUGCUCUCGUACAAGUCGAAUCCCCGGGAGUGGCGGAAGUACGCCAAGUUCGAUCGUUACAGCUACACCCGGAACCUGGUGGAUGCUGGCAAUGGCAAGUUUAAUCUGCUGAUCCUGUGCUGGGGCGAAGGACACGGCUCCUCGGUGCACGACCAUGCCGACUCCCAUUGCUUUAUGAAGAUGCUGAAGGGGGAUCUGCGAGAGAAGCGCUACGAGUACCCCAAUCGCUCUGGCAGGGAUACGGGACGAGGCCACCAUCCCGAUGGCGAGAUCGACAGCCGGGAGCUGGUUGAGAUCGGGGAGACACCCAUUGCCGUCAAUGAUGUGGCUUAUAUAAAUGAUAACCUGGGACUGCAUCGCGUGGAGAAUCCCAGCCACUCGGACACCUCCGUUUCGCUGCAUCUCUACUGUCCGCCAUUCGACCAGUGUUCGGUGUUCCAGGACAGUCAGAAGAAGACCACCGCCAAGGUGACUUUCUGGAGCAAGUACGGCGUUAGGACGAAGCUGAACGAGCAGUAGAUCCCAGCCAGAUCCCAAAUACAAUUAUUGUUGCAUAUUGCUAAGAAUCUUUAUUACUAGAUAUUUAACGUGCUAGGGCCUAAGAAGAUCCGGGAUCGGAAUCGGGCGAGAGGGCCACGUGGGCACUGGAUUAGCUGAUAAGCCCUCAUCCGAUAAGCCCAUCCGUCUUCCCGGAUCGCAGUUUCGUUCUAAGUGUAUCUUUAGCCUUAGUUUAGCUCUACCAAAAAUGUUCAAUAUAUAAGUGAAAUCAUUGA